AUGGCGUGGGGCGCGUUGGUGGGCGACCUGCGGAAGAACCACCAUCCCUCAUCUUCCCUCGCGACACUCAACUUGAUUGUCGGGCUGUUCAACUUUGGCCUCAACGCCUCUCCGUUCAUCACCGGCCGACUAGGCGAGCUCUUUGGUUUCAAGCGCAUGAUUGCCAUCGGCAUCACCAUCUCGAUCUGCCUCCUCGUCAUCUCCGCCUGCGCCGUGAACUCCCUCCCGGCCCUUUUCGUCUGCCAGGGCUUCCUCCUCGGCUGCGCGCACGGCAUCUCCCUGCCGCUGUUCAUGACCCUGCCAUCGCAGUGGUUCUCCAAACGACGAGGGUUGGCGACGGGAGUGGUUGUCUCAGGCGCUGGGUUCGGAGGAGGUGCGGCGUCGCUCAUCUUGCGCGCAAUCCUCCCGUCGCUCGGGUACCGGUACUCCCUCCUCGUCUACGCGGCGAUCAGCACCGUCACGUACAUCAUUGGAUGGUCCCUCCUCAAGGUCCGGAAACCGCCCCUCCGCGCCGUCCCUCAACGCUUCGACACCAAAACUGGGCUUCCUCCCGGCAUCUGGCGCGACGGCGCCUUCUACAGCCUGAUGGCGUCCGUCUCCAUCGGUGUAUGGGGCUUCCUCUCGCCCUUCUACUACCUCACCGAAUUCACAACCAAGAACAACCCCUCGCUCGACCCAAACUCGCUCGUCGUCGCCGUUCCCCUCAUCGUCGCCAACUUUGCCCUCGCCGUCGGCCGCGUUGGUGCAGGCCUUUUUGCAGACCGGAUCGGGCCAGCGAACGCCAUGUUCCUUACGUUCUUCGCCGGCGGGAUCCUCCAGCUCGCUUUCUGGAGUCAGCUCGGCGAAGGACAGUUCGGCGCGACCAUCGCCUUUGCCGUCUUGUUCGGCCUCUUCGGCUCGUCCUUCUUCCUCCUCAUGCCGGCAGUCGCGUCGCAGCUCUUUGGCCUGCGAGGACUCGCAACCAUAACGGGAUGGGUCGUGACGAGCCAGUCGCCGGGACAACUCGCAGGAGCGACAGUCGCUGGUGUCGUUCUCACGUCCGCGGGUGGGUACAGCGGAGUCGCCUACUACGCAGGAGCGAUGAUGCUAGGCGGCGCAGCGCUCAUUUUACCAGCUCGCUUCAUGCGUGAGCGGAGAUUAUUCGCCCGCUACUAG